AUGAUGAUUCGCGUUUCAAUUGCAGAUGGAACUCAGUCGCAAGUGGAGUCAAGCUCAAGCGCAUUCGAGGUGGAGCGUAGCACCAAUAGCGCUGAAAUUCUUGCAGAACAUAUUAAUAGUAAGUCGGAGGUGGAGUCAAGCUGGAGCGCAUUCGAGCUCAAGCGUGAUGCCAACAUCCUCAGAAAUCCUGAUGCCUGCGAUAGUCAGCUUAUGAAAUGUAUCGAGAUGAACCGAAGUGGUUGCGGUCGCAUGUUGAGGUCUUGUCCGGAACUUGUAGAACGUUGUGUUCAUUCACGUGAUCAGUGUGAGGCUGGCAAAAGUGGUAAGUUUGCAUAA